UCUAGAAAGUUAUGGCACACCUAGCGAAGGUGAGGGCGAACCGGCAAAGUGACAGCUUGGCUAACGGCUGAACGUUCUGUGGCUGAACGGUAGUGUAUACGUGUUCUGUGGUUAAACUGGCGUAACUCUACUGAAGGUGUGUGAACACUUUAAACUAUAGUUCCUUACCAUGGCACAGUGUGCCUUUGCUAGUCGCUGACAUAUUGAAAUGAAACGGCGUCGGCAAAAAAGAAGAAGCGCUUCGAGCAGGCGUAUCACGGCUUGCCGCUUUGCGUCGUCUGAUUGGCCGGUGGUUGCAAGUGAAGAUAACACGUGGAUCGGGAGCGCGAGUCUGAGCCUGCAUGAGCCUCGUUCGGCAUCCGCAUCUGGAACGUCUACGCGGCUGUCUUACGCAAUCGUCCAGAAGCUUGCAGUACUGUUCCAUCGGAGCCCGACCGAGUUCAGGACGGAAAUGUUUGCCACGAAGCGUGAUCGAAGAAAAAAACACAAGGCCACGUUUUCGUUUGGAUCGUCAAGCGGUGCUUCUGCUAACCUGCCUUCCAACAUGGAGGCAAACCUACCAGAACUCUUUGCAAUACUUAGGAUGAAACAACAAGCUCUUAGUGACACUGAGGCCAACGGCUGCAUGACUGGGUGGUCGGCUCACAAGCACUCACUAAAGGGCGAGCUUCCGAUGUUACCUGCAAGGAUGCCUAGUACGCCCUACAGUGAUUGGUCAUCGCCGGACAGCACCUCAGUUUUGGACAGGAAGGAUUAUGAACUGAACAUCCUAGGAGAUCGCGAGAACGGAACCACUUCUAUUUGUGUGGAUCAAAUACCAGAACCCCUACCUCUAACUGACGAUGAUGCCGCUGAUAUUGUAAGCCACCUGCAAGCAGUCUUGCUGGAGAAUGGCCCAUCCCAGGAGGAGGACCUGCUGAAAGCACUGCAACCUGAGCAAGCUCGCCGGGUUUUGGCUGCGUACAACACUUUGACAGACUUCUUGGACGGGCACCCAGGAUUCAAACGCAAGGAUGAGGACCUACUUUCGUUCAUCUACUAUGUAGACCCUGACGACGAUGAUGAGGGCGAUGAUGAUUGCUACUACACCUCCCCCGCGGCCGAUCUUUGCAACGGACUCUCCACACUGGCAGUCGGUUCCAAGAAUGCUGCUGGGUACCAGAGUGACUCCCCGGUGGAUAGCGACAGUGGUGCCCAGAGUGUGCGUACCAGCUCGCCCUGCAGCACUUCGUACCUGUCUGCCAUUGAAGGAGAGGAUGAGGAGGAAGACGAUGAGAAGGGAAAGAAACCUGGCUGCAAAGAUGACAGUACCCAAACGCCCUUGCCGCCGCAUCGCCAGUCACUAGGCACACAGGCGGUACAGCCAACACACAACGCUGAGUCCCAGACUGAAGGAUCAGAGCUUGACCAGAUUACUGAGCUGGAGCUACAGCUGAGAAAACGAGACGCCAAAAUUUUUGAACUCCAGGAGAGGCUGGCAUGUAUCCAGGAAGAGCACGUCCGUAAGAUGCAGAAGCUUCAUCUCAGAUAUGAGACGCUGCAGAACGAGUCACUUGGGCCAACAAUGCAGCAUGAGGUGAACCAGAAGUCAAGGAGCAGCAGCAACUCUGAGGAAAAGGUGCAGGUGGGCGAAGAGGAGGAAGAAGAAAAGGAAAAUGAGGAGCCCGAGGAAGCAGCCCCCGAGAUUGGCCAGGCCGAAGACGAAAGAGAGCAAGACCGGCCACAGCAACAGCCAGCCCCUAUGCUCCCUCGGAGAUCUCCACCCGCUUGCAUAGAGCUCGAAGAGGAGCUACACGCACUUUCCAUUGAGCCGAGGCCCAAGCAGGCACCCUCAGUUGACCACAAGGUCAAGAGGCCAGGUGCGUCUCAUUUCAGGGGCCAAAAGUCCUCCUGAGAACAUAUGCAAAUGUGCACGUGCACACA